AUGCUGAUCUUCGUCCCGCCGCACCCGCUCAUCAAGCACUGGCUCGCCGUGUGCCGCAACGUCGGCAGCCCCUCGCCCGUGUUCCGCUCCGCGAUGGGGGAGCUUGGGAGGAUCCUCAUCUACGAGGCGGGCCGCGAGUGGCUGCCCGUGGUCGAGGGCGAGGUCGAGAGCCCCCUCGGCGUCGCCCCCUGCGAGGUCAUCGACCCGGCGCAGCCCAUCAAGGUGGUGCCUGUGCUGCGUGCGGGCAUGCUGCUGCUGGAGGACUCCGCGACGGUGCUGCCGCAUCAGCAGACGUUCCACGUCGGCGUCGAGCGCGACGAGGACACGCUGCAACCGUCGUGGUAUUUGAACAAGCUGCCGGAGAGCUUCGCGCCCACGGACCGCGUGCUGGUGGCGGAGACGAUGAUCGCGACGGGCGGGACGAUUCUGUUGGUGCUGGACGAGAUCGUGAAGCGCGGCGCGGACCCGACGAACGUGCGCGUGAUCGCGGCGGUGUGUGCGCCGCCAGCGCUGCAAAAGCUGUCCGAGAAGUAUCCGGGGAUGAAGCUGUACACCGCGAUGAUCGACGAGGAGCUGAACGACAAGGGGCUCAUCGUGCCGGGGCUCGGGGACGCCGGGGACCGCGGGUACGGCACGGAAUAG